GCUCAGCUGUGACGGAGCUUGCGCUUGCGGCCUCGCGGCCACGUGAGCGGCAGCACAGGAUGGGAAGUGCGCUUGCCACGGACACCAUACCAGUGCUCGUCACAAUGGUUGAUGUGCACAAUGCGAAGUCCCAGGAUAUGUUCUACUUCUGCAACGUGAGCAGUGGUGGUGCUUCUACAAAGGUGAUCGGGCGUUCUCAGACCCUGAGUGUAGAAGUGGGCAUAACCACUGUCUUGACAAUGAUCGUUUAUGAGUGUCCAGAGCCUGUCUUCACUCCGGAGACGGCACGGUGUCUUGGGGUGCUCCGCAUCCCGAUGGAGCGUCUGGCAGAGCGCUACAGCUCAGGCAUCUUCCAGCAGUGGUUUAAUUUGGACACAAAGACGGACCCCCGCAUGCCUGCCGGCGACCUGCAGUCCUUGGUCACGCACUUCGAACAGGCUUAUUCGGAUUCCGUGAACGACAUCUAUCAGCCUAAAGUGUGCCUGUCUGUCAUUGGCUCUUCCUUCGAGGUGCAGAGAGGGUCCAGGUCGACCUUCGGCAUCUUUGUGGGAGAGGAUGUGAAGACCCAAGCUGGGCCGGACUUGAAGGCGCUGAUUGCCUCCCACAAACAGCAAGCGGCUUACAUCGAUGCUCUUCACGAAGAGCUCCGCCGCCUCAACACACCGUCGUACCGACCGCUGGCUGCCGGCCAGCCUGGGCCAGGAGCAACAGGAGCAGCAGGAAUGGCAAAGGGCAUCUCGGGUGGUCCGGGCCACGCUCCUUUUGGGCCGGUGCCUUCGUCAAUGGCACCUUACUGAUCGCUCAACGGAGAGAAUUCGGUGAGGCAAAGCCAUGGGCCCAGAACACUGUCAGCUCAAAGAGGCAAUGGGCAACCAAAGAGGCAACAUAGUGAAAAAUACAAGUUUGCAAAAUACAUUCCCUAUGAAAAGGCCGUGUGGUUUCGCAAGCCCGGUCUAGGCUUGAGGCUGGAGCAAUCGUUUUAAUGGGCAAAACGUGUC